AUGAGAUAUUUGAAUUGGUUUGAUCCGGAGAGUUACAUUUUCUCGCCGGAUAUGUUAAACGACGUCGUUGUUGCUGGGUUUGUUCUGUUUUUCCCGAAUUACUCGAGUUUUUUGUCGAAGCCUGGGUUUUACAUUGAGGAUAUAUUUGUGAGAGAGCCUUAUAGGAGGAAAGGGUUUGGUAGUAUGUUGUUGACUGCUGUGGCGAAACAAGCGGUGAAGAUGGGUUAUGGAAGAGUGGAAUGGGUUGUUCUUGAUUGGAAUGUGAAUGCUAUCAAGUUUUAUGAGCAGAUGGGUGCUCAGAUUUUGCAGGAGUGGAGAGUUUGUAGACUUACUGGUGAUGCUCUUGAAGCUUUUGAUCAGGUAAACAUCUAGAGAUUGAUGAGUUGGUGGCUGAGAGUUAUCGAAUCGAUUCACUUCCUCUUGCUCUAAGCUUUAAAGUUUGUGUUUUUUUUAUGAUGAUGAUGAAUUCGCUAUGCUUACUUACUGGAUUCUGAAUGAGAACAAACCCUUUUGUUGAAUGUAUGAAAUGUUUCAAGGUUUUAAAGUAGAGUUGUGUAA